AUGGCGUCCUCCCAAACUCACUUUUAUCUUCCGCAAACUCCAACUCGUCCAUCCCAAGACAAACAACCUGGCUUCAUAGACACUACACUAAAGAUGACUGCCCGUCGAAAACGACGCUUAUCUAGAAUACCUGACCCUGUAAUAAUACCAAACACUGUCCCCUCAAUAAACGCUUCCUCCCCAAUCAGUUCUGCUCGCAGCGACAGCUUUCUGCAACUUCCUUUUCCACGUACCCCACAAUCUCCCACAAAACGUUUGCUCUUAAAACCGAUAACCGCUCUCACCGCUGCCAUUCAAAAGACUGGAAUAACAGGGAAAAACAAAUCAUCGCAGAAAUCAGGAAAAUCGGCAAAGGUAUCGGGAAAUAAAGGCGGGAAAACACAAAAAUCUGAAAAAUUCGAAAAGACUGGCCGGAUCUUUGGGAAGAAAGCAAGCAAUGACUCUAUCAAAAAGAGAUACGUGGUGAAUUCUACGCCGGCUGCAUCGGCUCCCAGUCUUCUAACCACUGCUAUUGCCCCUCCAAAUAUCUCGGUUCCUAAAACUUCUUCUCCUAAAGUAUCAAGUCCAAGGACACUCUUCUUUAAAUCUCCAUUCACACCAUCAACGCCUUCGGUUACCCCCCCAUCUCCAAGAUCGCUUUCCAAGUUUUCGGUUUUCCAUCUAAAACCAAUAAAAACACAGCCGCCACCCCUGUCAAAAAAUUCUCAACAACCUAUACAAAAUGACUCUCUACAAACGCAAAAGAAAUUAGAAGAGCAAGACCAUUGCAAAAAAGCUCAACCAAUAACGACCGAAGAACUGGCUAACCGACUACGCAAAAUCUCUCAUUUACCAAGAACUCCUCCCCCAGACGAACAGCCUAUAGCAGAGACUUUAUCAGAGUAUGGCUUGCAAGGCAAUUCAAUGAAUUCGUCAGAAAGAAAAAAACCAAAACUAGUCCUAAUUGAUGUCAGAAACCUCGCCUUGUAUCAAGAAUCUCACAUUAGAGAUUCGUUCAACGUCAAUCUUCCCACCCUUUUAAUAAAACGCUAUCGACGGGGCAAUGUCAGCAAUUUUGCUCUGGACAACUUCAUCACCACUCCCGAGGGCAGAGAAAAGUAUCUGGACACUAUAGCAGACACGAAAACUCCGCACGACUUUGUCGUAUUCGAUGAAACAAUGAAUGAGAAGGACAAAGUCAGCCCGGGUUGGACGCUGUUGAAUGUUCUCGAGCGUGCAACGCUACAGCCCGCGUCUGCGUCUUCGUCGUCUUUAUCAUCGACCGAGACGGUAUCACCAAACAUGCCCGAAGCGAGAAGAGUUUUUUGGCUCAAGGGCGGGUUCGAAGCGUUCCAAGCGUGGGAUGUCCAGAAAGAAUUUGUCCGAAGUGGUAUCGAUACCUGGCCACCUACCCCCAUAUCGAACGAUUUCGGGGAAGAAGCAAGUUGUGGCAGCAAUGCUGAAAGUAACAACUUUACUGCGGGUGAUACCGAGGGAUCGUCUACUGGCUCAGGACUGACAAGGAGAGAUUCUUUGUUCUCGGUCAAUACCCAGAGAAGCUCUCUAAGACAUAAGCGAAGUGGGCAAAAGCAACAGCAAAGACAAGAGUCUGAACUAGCAGAAGGCGUUGCAAAAGAGACAAGGGAAGAUAAAGGUGACGGAAAAGCAGAGCCUGUUUCGAUAUUUGGGGGAAAUGGUAAUGGCAAUUUUGUCAAGGCUGGUGGCGAUGGGAAUGCAAUCCCAAACAGAUCGCGGAGAGCUUCUAAUGGAUUGCAGUAUUUGUUUGCUUCGUCUAAUGGUUCUGGGAGAAAUUCAGACCAGUUAUCACUCUAUCCACCACCAACCACACCUCUCGACUCUAAUAUUCCAUACUCUCGUAGGCGCACGUCAGUCACACAUGGACUCUAUCCAUCCCUUGCCGAGGAAUUGUCUCCAGACACACCAACAACGUCUCCACAGACUCACCCUGAAAUUGCAUUCGUCGUAUCCACAAUAAUCCCAGACUUUCUCUAUCUCGGCCCGGAAAUUAGCAAAGUCGAGGAAAUGAACGAGUUAAAGAACAAGGGUGUUAAAAGGAUUUUAAAUAUGGCUAUCGAAUGCGAAGACACGCUUGGAUUAAAAGACACGUUUGAGAAUUAUUUAAAGUUGUGUCUCAAGGAUAGUGUCGAGGAAGACGUCGAGAGUGGGUUGAAGAUUGCUGUCGAGUAUAUCGCCCAAGCUCAGAAAGACCAAUGUCCUAUAUAUGUACAUUGCAAGGCUGGAAAAUCGCGUUCUGUGACCGCUGUCCUUGCUUUCCUAAUCGAAUCGCGUCGUUGGACGCUUCGUCAUGCAUACGACUAUGUUGUCGAGCGACGGAAAGGGAUUUGUCCUAACAUUGGAUUUGUUGCCGAACUAAUGCGAUUAGAGGAAAAAGUACUGGGAAUAAGACGAUCGAGUAUGACCACAGAUAUGGAUUGGGCGGAAACCGAAGCUAUGGAUAAACAGCAGAAGGAGAAGGGAGUCGAGUGGGAUGGGAGGUAUCUGAAUGAUAUCAAUAUGUAA